AUGCAGGCUUUGUGGUCGAGAGCUGGCCGGGCUCAUCGCUGCGGUUGCCGCGCCUGCGAAACAGUUGUGAGCACUCUCGGCCGCCGAGUGACAACCGCGACUCGACCACGUAAAGUCGCCAUUGCCGAUAUCUUUACAGCAUGCUACAGUUCCAUGUUUGCGACCGCCGCCAUUGUUGAUGCUGUGCGAAAGGAGGACCGACGACAGGAAAUAGACCGACUGUUGGAGGAAACACGGCGGGAAUUGGCCCAACUCCGAAACCUCGAGGCGAGCCAAAGUACAAAAGGGAGCAGUUCCGCUCACAACGACAUCUCUCUUGGUCAAAUGCACUACUUAUGGGAGUCUUUGAAGGAGAUAUACACGAAUCGGCCAUAUAUGAAGGAGACAUAUAAGCCUGCUACCAUUCGAAUCGACGAGUUUCUCAACCGGGCACACACCGAACAAUACCAAUGUCCAGACAAGGCAACAAUGGAUGCUUACCGACGAACGGAUUAUGAACAUCUCGAGCAGGCCAUCAUUCGAGAGGAGACAGACGACAGCAUCCCUCAUAGAAGGCCAACGAACUCUAAGCAGGUCCAUAACGCUGGACGUACGCUCAACCACCUUAUCCAGCAAUUACUCAAACGAGCUGAUGCUCACGACAAAUCCAAUUCACCAAGUCCCAGCUUUGACGAGGCUGUCAAGAUUGCGGACCUAAAUCCUUCUUACAAAUUUCUUGUAGAGUCAAAUUCCGAAAUGAUGAAGAAGAACCGAGCUACCUUGAAUCUCGGCCUCCGCCAGGUUGUUGGCUCAUCACUGAGCCUCAAAGAAAAAGUCGGCAGAGUGUGCUACAAUCUGCUUGUCUCUGCUUACCCCGCUGACAUGCACACGUACAACACACUCAUCGUGGCUUUCGACAAGCACGGUUACAGGUUUUUGGCAGAAUCAGUAGUUAAUUCCUUCUACUACUAUCGACGACUAAGACCAACGCCAUCCACGUUUGUAGCCAUUUUAAAUCAUUACCAAACCUCAGGCAACUACGGGCGAUUCUUACGUAGCCUUGCCUGUAUCACUGGGCUUGACGGCGAGACAGGGGCCAAGGUGAGACGCAGGCUAGCAGAAGGGUUUGACACUUCAAGAAGCAGGCGCCACAAGAUCCAGACGUGGACGCAAACGGGCGACUAUUUCUGGCAGCACGCAUUACUAAACAAACCUGUCGUUGAGGCUGCUAUUCAAGGUCUUCUUCGCAUGAAUCUUUUUGAACAAGCCGCCAUGUUCUUCGUGUCUUGCAUGAAAGCCAAGGUUGUCCUUAGCACACAAAUCAUCAAGCAGUUGUUCGAUGAGUGUAUUGUCGCUCUCGACUGGAGGUCUGCCGUGCGUCUGGUACAAGGUUUUGCGGAUUGUGCCCAUACAUGGCCCUGUAUGCUGCUCGACAGGGAUCAAGAUACAGCCUACCUUAUCAGCCGACUACGAGUCUUGCUUGACCUCGCCGGUUUACAAACCCCAAACGGUGAAGUAUCCGCGUCAGUUCUCAGCAACUUGUCAAUAUCUAAUCACGGAUUCCGAAAAUUCCUGAGCGACCUGGCGACAGUAGACUCAACUUCCCAGCUUGAGAUACAAGACUCGACAACUGAGCUUAUCAGCUCUCCGGAGAGGAAGUUACUUCAGAUUGAGGCACUGUGGAAGGAACAAGAUUUUGUUGCAAAAACCACACGUUCUAUCGAGAGUAAACUACUCUAUCCCGACUUUUCUCAAUAUUUCCGCGAGUCCAUGGCCUCUCAUAUAGGAAACGCUGCGGCCAACGAUAUUGUGGAGCUGAAUAGGGAGAUUAUGGAGGUUUUUGCGCGACUUCCCCGUUCAGACCGGGUUGAGAAAGGCCUUACGGCGUGCAAGACGUUCGAAGACGCUUCUGUCGCUCGUUCUAAGAGCAGUUUUGUUGAGAAGAUGAUACAAUCAAGGCGGACAACGACAGGUGAGCACGCAGACAAAGAGGUUGAGAUGUCAUUACGAGAGGAUGAGCCACACAUGCCCUUGACACAGGGGACAACGUCAAAUAAGCAAAUGAAUGCAGGGCAUAAGCCACUGCGGGCGAGACCAAUGAGGCUGACCACAUGGCCAGUGACAGAUCAGCGGGUGGGAUAUUCGGAAAGACCAAGUUUCGGUUAG